AUGUUGCACUAGCACACCGAGAGAUGGCGCGAAGUUAAAUGUCAAAAUAAAGUCGCUGUCUGUCAACCUGAUAACCAACGUUGUCACUGUUGUAUUCAUCUUAUCACAAGUUUUUCGAAUAAAACAAAAAGCAAGAUGGUGAGAUUAAAACGGUGCUCCGAGAUGAGUGUAUUGAAAAAUAUAAGUAUGAGGAUGGAAGGCUUGCCAGAGACAGAAGUGUGGGUCGCACUAAUGAAGACGGCCGUUUCAUUUAAUUCCUUAAAUUCGUUCUACGACGGAUUCUAUUACAAGAAUGAUAUUGGGAUCAACAACAUCAGUAGAAACCAGUUAAGCCUUCGAGUAAGUGGAGGCAGAAAUGUAUUGUUAAAAUUCGGUUCUCCAGGGACAAUGGAGGAAUUUUGCAAAAGUAUCAAUUACAUAGAAGGGAUUGAUGCCCCAUGUCCUUCUCCAGUCUCAUCGCCCACACCAUCGCCACCAGAAAGCACGCCCUCUCUAUCUCCACUAUCGUCGCCCACACCAUCGCCACCAGAAAGCACGCCCUCUCUAUCUCAACCAUAAAGCUCAUCAUGAACAAAAUAAUAGAUAAAUAUUAGGUUAUUACUUUUGAAUAAAUAUUUAAAAAAAGUU